AUGACAUCUGCUGAUUGGGAACAGAAAGCUCAAGCCAAGCAGGCGGAAGCUGCAGCUAAGAUCCCCUCUGCGUGGCGUCUGCCAUCUGAGAUCUUAGAUCAAAUCGCACAAGGGACCGUGCAGAAUGUCCUAGAAGUCCCCCGUCAGUCAGGCAUUCUCUCUGAUCGAGAGCUCCAGAUCACAGAGAUCCCGGAUGCUACCGAGCUGCUAAAGAAGUUAUCCUCCCGCGAAUGGAGCGCAGUUGAGGUUACCACAGCUUUCUGCAAACGGGCCGCCAUUGCCCAGCAGUUGACGUCCUGUUUGACGGAAACAUUCUUUGAUAUAGCAUUGGCCCGUGCCAAAGAGCUGGAUGAUCACUUAUCCAGGACAGGGACGCUAGUUGGCCCUCUCCACGGACUCCCUAUCAGCUUGAAAGAGCCUUUCAAUGUGAUGGGCGUUCCCACUUCGCUUGGGUUUAUUUCUUUUCUCGACCGCCCCCCUCAAACAAGCAAUUCCGCUCUAGUCGAGAUUCUUCUCAAAGCAGGAGCAGUGCUGUAUGUUAAGACGAACGUGCCCCAGACGAUGAUGACGGCCGACUCGCAUAACAACGUGUUCGGCCGUACGCUCAACCCCCACCGUCUCAAUCUGACGGCAGGAGGAAGUACGGGUGGCGAAGGUGCCCUCAUCGCUCAGCGCGGAUCAAUACUCGGCGUUGGAACAGACGUCGCAGGUUCCAUUCGGAUUCCCGCCCUGUGCUGUGGUGUGGUUGGUUUUAAGCCAAGUGCUGGCCGGGUUCCCUACGCCGGGCAGACCGGUUCAGGCCGCGCAGGCCUUGCUGGAAUCGCCGCCGUUGCAGGCCCAAUAUGUCAUUCCGUGAGAGAUGCGGAGCUCUUCCUGAAGGUGGUCUCCAAUUCACACCCCGAAGAUCUAGACGAUGCUGCCCUGGGAAUCCCGUGGAGCGAACCGGCCGCCAAGCCGGUGCUGACCAUAGGCCUUCUCCCUGAAGACCCUUCUCGGCCAUUGCAUCCGUGUAUGCAGCGCACGCUCGCGACGGCGGCUAAGAAGCUCCAGGCCGCUGGUCAUCUGAUAGUCGAUCUCACCGGCAAGAUCCCAUCCAUUUCCGCGGCCCAUGACACAGCGUUCCGAUUCUUCAACAUGGACCCUGACAAGACCCCGCUCAGCCAUAUUGCGCGUGGAGGGGAACCGUGGAUUCCGUCGCUCACGACUACCUAUAACCCGGACGGGACGGACCCGGAACCGACGCUGAGAGAACUGUAUGACCUGAACGUGAAGAGGUCGGAAGUAUCCGCGAAGAUGCGGAAGGUUUUCCUGGAGAAUCAACUGGAUGUGCUCUUGGCCCCGGGGUACCAGUCCACUGCAGUCCCUCACGAUAGCUACGGCGCUCCGAUGUAUACUGUGUUGGCCAGUCUAGUCGACUAUCCGGCAUCUAUCAUCCCGUUCGGUAAAGCCAAUGAAGCCGCCGACGCGCAGUACAUCCGUGAUGUUCGCUAUGUCCCAGAAUAUAAACCCAAGGAAAUUGAGGGAGCUCCUUGUCAUGUGCAGCUGAUCGGCCGGCGGCUGAAAGACGAGGUCCUGAUGGAGCACACCAAAGUAGUUGAGGCGGUGCUCAGACAGCAGUAG